AUAUGACAAAAGUUGUUAUAUUACGAAACUAUCUCGUUGUUUGUCACCACGUGUCCACAAUCAAUUAUAUAUUUAUAUGAAUCAAUUUGUCUAAAAAUAUCUGAACGAAUAGUGAAACGGUAUAUCAUUAAGAGCAUCGAAAACAUAUGAUAAUGGAUUUUUCUCAAUAUCGAAAAAUUCUAAUUUAUAUUUUGACUUUUUUGGCUUAUGCGUGGUCAGGUUAUGGAGCUGGUUUAUUAUCGAAUUUAAAAGAUGCUGUAUUAGCAGCAGAAACGGUAUUUCAAGAUUUAUUCCAAAAUGCGAUUACUGUUGCUAGAAAAAUCAGAGAUAUCCACGAAGUAUUUGAUGCAGCAGUGGAAGAAAAUUGUAUCUUUCAAUGUCCAGGAGGUAUGACACCGAAAGCAGAUUGGAAUCAUAAACCGCAAAGUAACGGAUGUGGUUCUCUAGGAAUCGAAAUAAACCAAGAGUAUCUACCGCUUACAGAAAUGACGAAAUGUUGUGAUGCGCAUGACAUUUGUUACGAUUCUUGUAAUUCGGAUAAGGAAAAAUGUGAUUUGGAAUUUAAGAGAUGUCUAUAUAAAUAUUGCGAUGGAUAUCAAUCGUCUGCGAUAAUAAAUACAUGCAAAGCUGCAGCAAAAAUGCUUUUCACUGGUACAACUGCUUUGGGAUGCAAGAGUUAUAUAGAUGCACAAAAAGAAGCUUGCUAUUGUGGAGAGAAGUGGAAUAAGAAUAAGAAACCCAAAAAGGCUGCUCAAGCAGGUGGAGAAUUGUGAAAAAAUGGCGUAAAUGUGCCAAUUAAAUGAAACGUAUUAUAACGUUUCGUUUAUGAAUCUUUAGUAAUAAUUAUAUGAUUUUGUAUUUAUUUUUAUAUUACAUAUGUGACAAAUAUUAAUUUAUCGAAAAUUGUACGAUACGAAUAUUUUAACAUUCAAUAAUAAUAUACAAGAUUAUAUUAUUUAAUUAUAUAUAAUAUUAAUAUUAUAUAAUAUUUAUAUAAUAUUUAUAUUAUAUGAUUUAAUUAAUAAAUAUAAGUUUAUAUCGUAUAAUCAUUCAUUUCUCUCUUAACCUUUUCUAUUUCUUCUUGGAGAGAAUAACCAAAUUUGAAAAAUUGAUUUAUAAAAAAUUCAAAUUUUUAUUUACUCGUUUGUCUUGGAAAAACAAGGGAAGGUACGUUUUUCAUUGACAAUGUCACUUCAAUUUCAAAGUUUUUGAGAAAAGUUUUUGCAAAAAAUUGUCAAGUAAUGCGGCGUACAACAAGAAUUUGUUAAACAAUUACGACAGAGUUUCGAGGAGGAUGGGAAAUACCGGAUCCGUACAGUCAUCAAAAUCGCGAAAAGAACGAAAGCGAGAAAGUGGUGACAGGUAAGACAAUUUUUGAUUUACUCCAACAUCCUGUUCCUGAUAAAAUUAACAAUAACAUACUAAUAAAAUCAAGUAUAAAAGAUAGUACAUAAAAACGUACUUGCAUCUUUUACCUUUGGGUAGCGCAGAUGAUCGUCCCGGAAAGAAUAAAAGAAUUGUAAAUGGUUCUGAAUCCCGAACCAAUGGAAGAGAGAAAAUAAAAUGUCGUGCAACUAAUCCUUUUAUCAUCUUUUUUCUACGAUUACGAAGUAAAAAACCUAAGGAACACGUAACUGUAAUUGCACGAGCAGCAGGAAAAUUAUGGACUCAAAUGAGUCCGGAACAAAGAAAAAAAUAUAUAGAUUUAGCAAAUGCUGAGAAAAAAAGACGACAAGAACGUAAAAGAAAACGAAAGUCAAGGUAAUCUAAUCUGUGUUUAAAACAAAUACAUGUACAUUUGUUAUCUUUAAAUCUGCCUAAUAAUAAUUUAAUAAAAUUAAUAUAAUUUGUUUAGAAGAAAAUAGAAAACUGAUUGAUGAAAAAUCACAAGGUAAAAACUGAAAGAAAUUAAACAAGUGCAAAAUUGUUCUUGCUAUGCGUGUAUCAAGCCACGCUCUACAAGUUUUUAAAAGUCUUUUAUUUGUAUAAAAUAUUCUCUCGAAGCCUUUAUUUUUGAUUCGUUUUUAUUUGUUAGUAGUUUUUUUUUUUUGUUAACUCUAUGUACAAUAAAUAUUGAUGUAUUUUUACACUAUCAAUGACCUUUUUUAUCGUU